AUAUAUGUGGCUCUUAUAAGCAUGGCUCAAGCUGGUUUACUGCCAGUAAAAUCGUCCGGAAGCGACGCCACCUUUGAUCCCCAUCCGCACUACUCCUUCAACUACGAUGUUCAGGAUGCAGAGACCGGAGAUGUUAAGUCCCAAUCGGAGUCUCGGGACGGAGACGUGGUCCAUGGGCAUUACUCCGUUAACGAUGCCGAUGGCUACAGACGCACUGUGGAAUACACCGCCGAUGAUGUCCGUGGUUUCAAUGCGGUGGUGCGCCGUGAACCACUUUCGAGUGCCGCGGUGGUUCUGAAGCCAAAGGUGCCAGUUGUGGGUCCCAAAGUUCAGUACCAGCCUCUGAAGAAGUUACCACCACUGAAGCCUCUUUCUCAGGCAUCGGCCGUGGUGCACCGAUCCUAUGCACCAGUGAUCCACCAUGCGCCAGUGACCCAUGUGGUGCACCACGCAGCUCCUGCCCAUUCAUACGUUUCCCACGUUCCCCUGCUGAAGACCUCCCUGCACCACGCUCAUCAUCCGCACGCCAUUUCCUAUGUGUUCUAGGUUGGGUCUUUUGAUUACGUUAAACAAUGCCUGAAUAAAACACUUUUAGAUAAA